AGAUGUCGAGUGAACUUUUGCACUGAUUUAGAAAAGUCAGUGUUAAUGAGCAACUUUGAACGACGCGGCUGGCAUCAGGUGAGUCCCGACGAUGAAUGGAACUUCUACUGGGCGUCGACACAAACUUGCAGGAAUCUCUUCAGCGUAGAAAGUGGCUACCGAAUGAAUGACAAUCAAAUGAUAAACCAUUUCCCCAAUCACUACGAACUAUCGCGAAAGGAUUUACUUGUGAAAAACAUCAAAAGGUAUCGUAAGGAAUUGGAGAGAGAAGGUAACCCGUUAGCUGAGAAAGCAGAGGUCGCAUUACAAGGUGGGCAAGUGGUUACUCGAUAUGUUCAUUUGGAUUUCGUACCAGUGACGUUCGUUUUGCCAGCAGACUACAAUAUGUUCGUUGAAGAAUAUCGCAAGUCACCACAGAGCACGUGGAUUAUGAAACCGUGCGGUAAAUCACAAGGUACUGGAAUAUUUCUCAUAAAUAAAUUAUCAAAACUUAAGAAAUGGUCUCGCGAGGCGAAGGCUCCAUUUCAUCCGCAACUAACUAAAGAGAGCUACGUAAUUUCCCGAUACAUUGACAACCCCUUGCUGAUAGGUGGAAAAAAGUUUGAUUUGAGAUUGUACGUGCUCGUAACUUCAUUCAGGCCUCUGAAAGCCUAUCUAUUCCAGUUGGGAUUUUGUCGCUUUUGUACUGUUAAAUAUGACACAAGUGUUACAGAGUUGGAUAAUAUGUACGUACAUCUUACUAACGUGAGCGUUCAAAAACAUGGCGGCGACUAUAACAGUAUACAUGGCGGGAAAAUGAGCGUUCAGAAUUUAAAAUUGUAUUUAGAAGGGACGAGAGGAAAGCCGGUUACUGACAAGCUAUUUGCAGCGAUGCAGUGGUUGAUUGUGCAUUCUCUAAAAGCGGUGUCUUCGGUUAUGGCCAACGAUAGACAUUGUUUUGAAUGUUACGGCUACGACAUCAUAAUUGACAAUCAAUUAAAGCCAUGGCUCGUCGAAGUGAACGCCUCUCCGUCGCUUACAUCGACUACUGUAAAUGACAGAAUACUGAAAUACAAAUUAAUCGAUAAUAUUGUAUCCGUUGUUCUUCCUCCUGAAGGUGUGCCCGAUGUCCGUUGGAACAAGCAACCGAAUGUUGAAGCUCUAGGUAACUUUGAUUUGCUCAUAGACGAAGAGCUAAUAGAGAAAGAUGAACAGGUAAAUACUACUGGUCGUGGUCAUAAAAGUCAUAAAAAUCGUACAACCUAA